AUGACUACAGCUAGUGGAAGAGUGAGCAAAGAUGCACUUCUGCCAUCAUCUGGUUUCGCCUUUGGUGGUGGAACAAAGCCCCUCUCUGAACUGGUGUUCAAAAAAUACGAUUUAGAUAACAAUGGAUGGCUUUCUCGUAAUGAACUUCGUUCUAUGUGCUAUGAUAUGGGUUAUUACCUUUCCGAUGAUGAGAUAGCUUGGGCAUGGACAGUACUCGAUAAGAAUGGCAGCGGAACAAUUGAUUACAAUGAAUUCGCUGAAUGGUGGAAGAAAUCAUCUCGUUUCGAUCAUUUGAAAAUGCCAAACGAGCAGCAAGCACAUCUUCUUUGUCGAGUGGUCGAAAUCUUUCGUUCAUAUGAUAAAACUAAUAUAGGGAGUCUUGAUCGAGCUCAAUUCACUACUAUGGUACAUGAACUUAUUGAUGAAGGUAUUAUAAAUGGUAGCGAACAUCUAGCUUGUGAAUUUGAACAGAUCGAUCGUAGUCAUGAUGAACGAAUCAAUAUCAAUGAGCUCAUCGCCUGGUUAAUAAAUGUCGGCGUACUCAGAAAUAACGCUUGA